GCCUAAGACUUUCAGGGAGCAAGAAAGACACUCUGGAAUCCACCAUGGACAGCCUCCUGAUGAAGCAGAGGAAGUUUCUUUACCAUUUCAAAAACGUCCGCUGGGCGAAGGGUCGCCACGAGACCUACUUGUGCUAUGUAGUGAAGCGGCGAGACAGUGCCACCUCCUUUUCAUUGGACUUCGGUCACCUUCGGAACAAGUCGGGGUGCCACGUGGAGUUGCUCUUCCUCCGCUACAUCUCCGACUGGGACCUGGACCCUGGCCGGUGCUACCGCGUCACCUGGUUCACCUCUUGGAGCCCCUGCUACGACUGUGCCCGCCACGUGGCCGACUUUCUGAGAGGGUACCCCAACCUCAGUCUGAGGAUCUUCACCGCGCGCCUCUACUUCUGCGAGGACCGCAAGGCUGAGCCCGAGGGGCUGCGGCGGUUGCACCGCGCUGGGGUCCAAAUCGCCAUCAUGACCUUCAAAGAUUAUUUUUAUUGCUGGAAUACUUUUGUGGAAAAUCGAGAAAGAACUUUCAAAGCUUGGGAGGGGCUGCAUGAAAAUUCGGUUCGUCUAUCCAGACAACUUCGACGCAUCCUUUUGCCCCUAUAUGAGGUUGAUGACUUACGAGAUGCCUUUCGUACUUUGGGACUUUGAUACCAACCUCCAAGAAUGUCACAUACGAUGAAAUAUCUCUGAAGAUAGUGGGUAAAAGAACAACCCUUCAAGAAUGCUGUUUUUCUUCAACUCUCACUUUCUUAGAGUUUAGAGAAAAAAUAUUCGUAUAUAUGGCUUUAAAUAUAUAUAUAUACAUCUUGAAAAUAGGGAAGGACACAGGCCCACAGGGUGAUGCUGCAACUGGUGCAAUUUUUAAUGCAACAACGCCCCCUACUGUGAAACGACAGAACUGCGGGGCCUGGGAGCCCCUAAAGUGUCAGAUGUUCUAUGACUUUUAGGCAGGGAGAAGGGGAAGGUAAAUCCUUAAAAGCAUGGUGAAAGGAUCAAGUGUUUUUCUUUUCUUUUUCUUUUUCUUUUUUUUUUUUUUUGCAGGGAAAUAGUCAUCCUGGGCUAACAUCUGUUGCCAAUCUUCCUGUUUUUUUUUUUUUCCUCCCCAAAGCCCUGGUGCACGGUUGUAUAUCCUAGUUGUAAGUCAUUCUAGUUCUUCUAUGUGAGCAGCCUCCACAGCAUGGCUACUGACAGAUGGGUGGUGUGGUUGACCUGGAGCUGAACCCGGUCCGCCCAAGUGGUGAACGCCAAACUUUAACCACUAGGCCGUCAAGGCUGGCUCUCAGAAUCAAGUGUUUUUAUAAUCAGUAUCUUUUAUUAUUUGAUUUAUUUUGAGUUUUCAAUGGUAUUGGUGAUAGAUUUUUCUACUCUUUUCCUUUGGGAUUCAUUUACAAUCUGUAGAACCUCCUAAUGAAAGAAUCUGGUGAUUGUAACCCCAAACCCUCUCCUUAAAGCAUUAAUAUCCAAGCAUGUGCUGUAUGUUGUAAUCGUCUGAGGCGUGUUUUUAUGUUUGUACAUGAGAGGAUUUUUUCUUGGUAUAGAAUA